AUGAGGCGCUCAGAUGGCUUGCAGUCGGUCUUGACCGCCGUCGGACCUGAUACCUUUGACUUGCAACCCGCUUCACGUACUCGUAUUCAAUCUCGAGAGCCUUUGUGUGGUGAUGCAGAGGGGUGGGGUCCUGUGAGCUCCCUAAGAUGGGAUUUCACGCCUUGCUUUCUUGAUAUUUGGAUUGUUGGAGUGGCUGUAUGGGGUGUACUGUUCGGAGCUGGGGCUCUUUGGUACUUGUUCAAGAAGAGGAGUGCCCAAGAUGUCCCUAAGAACUGGCAUUUUUAUGCUAAACUUUCUGUCAUUGCUGCCAUCAUCCUCACCACGACCCUGCAGGCCGCCUUCCAGAUUGAACAACUACCAGAGAUAUGGAUUAGAGAUAUAAGAUUCUACACAUCCAUUGCUACAGCUGUCUCACUCCUCGUUGUAUUCGCUGUACAAUAUCAUGAGCAUUGGCGGUCAAGAACACCAAAUGGGGUUGCCCUGUUUUACUGGGUCUUCUUUAUUCUGGCAUAUGGAGUAAAAUUACGAUCGCUGGUGGCAAGAAAGGCUUACGAACGUCGCCUACCAUAUUUUAUCACGUUCAAUGCCAGCCUCGCCCUCGCGAUACUCGAGUUCAUUCUUGAAUAUUUUGUCCCAAAGAAGCAGAGUGCUUAUGAUGCAUUGGGUGCUGACGACGAAUGUCCCUACGAAUAUGCAGAUGUAUUCUCCGUCCUUACUUUCGGCUGGAUGACCCCACUAAUGAAGUUUGGCUACAAUAAUUAUCUGACCCAAGACGACCUAUGGAAUCUACGGCAGAGAGAUUCUACAAAGGUCACUGGGCAAUUGCUACAAGAUGCAUGGGAACGUGAAUUGGAAAAGAAGAAACCGAAUCUAUGGAUUGCUCUCGCGCGGUCAUUCGGUGGUCCUUACCUACGAGGAGCACUCAUCAAGACACUCAGUGACAUGCUAGCAUUUGUCCAGCCCCAACUCCUUCGCUUGUUAAUUCAAUUCGUCGAUUCAUACCGACGACACCAUCAACCCCAGCCGGCCAUACGAGGAGUUGCCAUUGCGUUGGCUAUGUUUGCCACUUCAAUAGCUCAGACAGCGGCGCUCCAUCAGUAUUUUCAACGUGCAUUUGAAACUGGAAUGAGGGUCAAAUCGUCGCUUACAGCGAUGAUAUAUUCCAAGUCGUUGAAACUUUCCAACGAGUCUCGGGCAGAAAAGUCGACGGGCGAUAUAGUAACCUACAUGAGUGUAGAUCAGCAGCGACUAGCCGAUCUGGCGCAAUGGGGUCAGCAACUUUGGUCAGCACCAUUCCAGAUUACUCUGUGCAUGCUUUCUCUAUACCAGCUGGUUGGUGUCUCAUGCUUUGCCGGGGUGGCUGCCAUGGUGGUCAUGAUCCCCAUCAAUGGAUUUAUUGCCAGAUUUAUGAAGAAGCUCCAGCUUUCUCAGAUGAAGUACAAAGACCGCCGCGCUCGGCUCAUGACGGAGAUCCUGAACAAUAUGAAGAGCAUCAAAUUGUACGCAUGGGGCUCUGCGUUCAUGGAAAAGCUGAGCCAUGUGCGUAACGAUUUGGAACUAAACAACCUGCGUAAGAUUGGGGCGGCUCAAUCCUUUGCAACAUUUACUUGGUCUUCAACACCGUUCUUUGUCUCCUGUUCGACAUUCGCAGUUUUCGUCUUGGUUAACGAUAAACCUCUGACCACCGACCUUGUUUUCCCUGCAUUGACUUUGUUCAACCUGCUGACAUUCCCACUGACCGUUCUGCCUAUGGUAAUCACCAGCAUUGUUGAAGCUACAGUUGCUGUAGGUCGCUUGACUGCCUUCUUUACCGCGGACGAGCUCCAGGAAGAUUCUGUGAGACAAGUUGAUGAGCCUCCAACUCAAAAUGGAGACACAUCUGUAAGUAUCAAAGAUGCAACCUUCACCUGGGACAAAAAUCAGGACCACAACGUGUUGCAAGACAUUAAUUUCAAUGCCAACAAAGGAGAGCUCACCUGCAUUGUCGGUCGUGUUGGGGCAGGAAAGUCUUCACUCCUUCAAGCACUCUUAGGAGACCUGUGGAAGAUCAAUGGAGAGGUUGUCGUAUGCGGGCGUAUAGCAUACGCCGCACAAUCUGCCUGGGUCAUGAAUGCCAGCGUGAAAGAAAACAUUGUGUUUGGCCACAAAUGGGAUCCACAUUUCUACAACCAAACUAUCAAUGCAUGCGCUCUCGUCGACGACUUCCGACAACUGCCGGAUGGGGAUCAGACUGAGGUCGGUGAACGUGGUAUCUCUCUCUCAGGCGGUCAAAAAGCUCGUCUCAGUUUGGCACGUGCGGUCUAUGCCAGAGCGGAUGUGUACUUACUCGAUGACGUACUUUCUGCCGUCGAUCAACACGUUGGAAGACAUUUGAUCAACAAUGUGCUCGGUCCGAAUGGACUUUUGGCUGGCAAGGCAAGAAUAUUGGCAACAAAUGCUAUUAACGUGCUCAAAGAGGCCGAUUAUAUGUACCUCAUUAGGAAUGCUACCAUCCAUGAGAAGGGGACCUACCAACAGCUCAUGGCUAUGAGAGGUGAAGUUGCCAGCCUCAUCAGGUCCACCACCACAGAUAAUGAGCAAGAAUCUGAUGGCGAAAGAAGUCCCAGCAUUGAAGGGAUGGAAUCUGAUGAGUCUACAACCGCUGUGGCAAGUGGUUUUCAGGAUGAGCUGGACCCAGAAGAGGCAGAAGAAUCGCGUCAAGAGGUAGGUGGGCUCGCACCAAUCCGAGCUGGACCACUAGGUCCCUCAACUGCCAGAAAGACCAGCUUCAACACGCUUCGACGUGCUUCCACUGCAAGCUUCCGUGGCCCCACGGGUCGGAUGACAGAUGAGGAGACUGGGCUCAAGACCAAACAGAACAAGGAGACAUCUGAGCAAGGCAAGGUCAAGUGGUCGGUUUACACAAGCUAUGCUAAAGAGAGCAAUCUCAUUGCUGUGGGCGUCUAUUUCAUUGCACUUCUGUCUGCCCAGAGUGCUCAGAUCGGAGGUAGCUUCUGGCUCAAACGAUGGUCAGAGAUCAAUGAAGCCAAAGGCUCCAAUCCACAGGUCGGCAAGUACAUUGGAAUCUACUUUGCCUUCGGAAUCGGCGCUGCAGGCCUUGUCGUCCUCCAAACCUUACUUCUCUGGAUUUUUUGUUCUAUCGAGGCUUCGAGGAAACUGCAUGACAGGAUGGCAUACGCCAUUUUUCGGUCACCUAUGAGCUUCUUCGAGACCACCCCAAUUGGCCGUAUUCUGAACCGAUUCUCGAGUGACAUCUAUCGUGUCGAUGAAGUCAUUGCUCGGACUUUCAACAUGCUUUUCGUGAACACGGGCAGGGCAGCUUUCACGCUAGGUGUGAUAGCAGUAACAACUCCUGCAUUCCUUGUGCUUGUCAUCCCCCUUGGCAUCGUCUAUAUCGUGUAUCAAAAGUACUAUCUUCGUACCUCACGGGAAUUGAAACGACUGGACAGUGUCAGUCGUAGCCCCAUAUACGCCCAUUUCCAGGAGUCUCUGGGAGGAGUUUCAACUAUCCGAGCCUAUCGCCAACAAGCGCGCUUCACCAUGGAAAACGAGUGGCGUAUGGACGCUAAUCUUAGAGCAUAUUUCCCUUCGGUAAGUGCCAAUAGGUGGCUUGCAGUUCGAUUGGAGUUCCUUGGAUCGGUCAUCAUCCUUGCCGCCGCCACUUUCGCCAUCAUUUCUGUCGCGACCGGGAGUAAACUGUCACCCGGCUGGGUGGGCCUUGCAAUGUCAUAUGCUUUGCAGAUCACACAGUCCUUGAAUUGGAUUGUGCGUCAAACAGUUGAGGUCGAAACUAACAUUGUCUCGGUCGAACGUGUCCUCGAAUAUGCCAACUUGACAAGUGAAGCACCAGAUGUGAUCUUCAAAAGCAGGCCCAGCAUUGGUUGGCCAGCACAUGGUCAAAUCAGCAUCAAAGAUUACUCGACGAAAUACCGCGAAGAUUUGGAACCUGUAUUGAGGAACAUAUCUCUGAACAUCAAACCAAGGGAGAAGAUCGGCGUGGUUGGUCGAACAGGGGCAGGCAAGAGUUCAUUGACCAUGGCGUUAUUCCGGAUCAUUGAACCGACAUCUGGCCAUAUAAGCAUUGAUGGGCUUAAUACGUCGACCAUUGGUCUACUAGAUCUUCGGAGACGGCUUGCAAUCAUUCCACAGGAUGCCGCACUAUUUGAAGGCACGAUCCGAGAUAACCUGGAUCCCCGCCAUGUUCAUGAUGACACGGAGCUGUGGAGUGUACUUGAACAUGCACGAUUGAAGGAGCAUGUCUCGGGCAUGCCUGGCCAACUAGAUGCCGCGAUCCACGAAGCUGGUUCCAAUUUGAGCCAGGGACAACGGCAGCUUGUCUCUCUGGCACGAGCCUUGCUAACACCAAGCAAUAUUCUCGUCUUGGACGAGGCAACUGCCGCCGUAGACGUCGAGACUGAUGCCCUCCUGCAGGCUACGCUACGCAGCACGGUCUUUGACAACCGGACGAUCAUCACCAUCGCCCAUCGCAUCAACACGAUCCUCGACUCGGAUCGUAUUGUGGUGCUCCAACAGGGGAAAGUGGCUGAAUUCGAUAGUCCAGAGGAGUUGAUUAGGAAGCGAGGGUUAUUUUAUGAGCUCGUCCGUGAAGCCGGACUCCUCGACAGCUUUGGCAACGGCACCGCUGUCACAAAUCAGCACUAA